GUACAGCUUUUGUUGGCGCAAGCUAAAAUACCAUGUGAUACAGUUGCCACGAAUUCAAGCGUAGCGGGGUGAGGAGAAAGGAAGAGCUUUAACUUCCCUGAGAUGUUGCAGACCGCCGGCAAAAUCCACACAAAAUUUCCUCCCUUUCUGCAAGGCAGACUGCCCGCGUUUAACCCUGUGAGACGUGCAGGUUGACCAGCCUUGAUCACAGUGCUAGAGACCUGAAGCAAGGAUCCUGACUGAUGCAUAUUCAGUACAGCCUGACCUCUUGAGGAGAACAAGUAUUUCCCUGAAGUCUGUCCCCUCAAAGCCCCACACAGCAUAAGGUCGGAUAGAAGGAGAUACAUGGGACACACGGACAAUUAAACACUGGAAGAGACACUGUGCUUCAAGUCCCAAGAUUAGUAAAGGAAGAAUUGGACAAAGGACCCUGAAGACCAUGGAGGGAGACUGCCUGAGCUGCAUGAAAUACCUGAUGUUUCUUUUCAAUUUCUUUAUAUUUCUGGGAGGAGCAUGCCUGCUGGGACUGGGAAUCUGGGUCAUUGUGGAUCCCACAGGUUUUCGAGAGAUAGUGGCUGCCAACCCGCUGCUCUUCACGGGAGCCUACAUCAUGCUGGCCAUGGGGGCAAUGCUCUUCCUGCUGGGCUUCCUGGGCUGCUGUGGAGCCAUCCGGGAGAACAAAUGCCUCCUGCUCUUUUUCUUCAUGUUUAUUUUGUUAAUCUUCCUGGCGGAGCUUUCAGCUGCAAUUCUGGCUUUUAUAUUCAGAGAAAAUCUGACCAGAGAGUUUUUCACCAAGGAGCUGAAGAAGCAUUACCAGAGGAACAACGACACGGACGUCUUCUCUGCCACCUGGAACUCUGUCAUGAUCACAUUUGCCUGCUGUGGAGUGAAUGGACCAGAAGAUUUUGAAGCUAUUCCUCAUCUUCCAUACUCCUCUUUGGAAAAGGUGACAGCGACACCGGAGGCUUGUUGCCAGCGGGAGCUCCAGAGCCGGGAAGGGAUGUUUGUCAACAAGGAAGCUUGUCUAUCAGGCAAUGAGAGGUUUCAGAACCGGCAGGGCUGCUACACCGUGAUCCUGAACUCCUUUGAGACAUAUGUGUACCUGGCAGGAGCCCUUGCCAUUGGAGUGUUGGCUAUUGAGCUGUUUGCCAUGAUCUUUGCUAUGUGUCUCUUUCGAGGGAUCCAGUAAAGAAGUGGCCCAUGAACCACCACGUUCCUCACAUACUCAGAAGAAAGAAGGAAAAUCCGAAGAAACAAAACCUGAAAACGCCCAAAAAACUUUAUUUUUUUUAACAAAACUGGACAGGGAGAAAAGAUAAAAAUUAAAAAAAAGAGGGUUGUAAUAUAUGAAUGACCAAAAGGAUUGUACUUCAGGGGCUGGAACUUUGAGGUGAUGUGCACUACACUGUACACCGGACCCUUGCCCAGAGCCACCCGCAGCAACCGUGGAGCAGGAGCCCAGCGCAGCCAAUUGCACUAGAGACGGAUGGAGCUGGUGGGGCAGGGAGGAUGAGCACAGCUGCCUCCCACACCAGGCUGAGCCUACCACUCACCACUUGAUCGUGCUUUAGACAGCAAAGGACUCAGACAGACAUGCAGGGGCUGCAUAAGGCAACAGGUUGGCCUUGACUGUCCAGGUGGGUUUGAAACAAGCAGUGCAGUCAACGUUUGUGUGAUUCUGGCUUUAAUUUCCAGCCACAAGAUGAAAACACUCAUUCUUCAGUGGAAGCUUUGCCCCUGUCAUGUGAAACUUGUCAGACAUGUCAAGCACUUCAGUGAGGCUGGCUUUUCUCUGGAACUCCAAGCAGGGGCAGCGUGAUCUAACUUAGCAAUGGGACUCAGCUAAGGCUGGCUGAGGGUCAAGAGUUUGGUGCCUACCUUUCUGUUUUUACUAAGAUUUAUUGUUCAUUGUUGUGAAAGAGACCAAAUGGUUCUUUGCUGUGUUCCCAUCUCCUGGGAAAAAUAAUGGCUCUGGUCAAGCAUCAUUGAUACUGCUGCCUUCCUGAGAAGGGGAGGAUAUAAUAUUUAAAUCUUGUCAGCCUUUGCCUUUCCUCUUAUACUUGCAAAAAAUGGUUUGUGGUGCUCUGUUAGCAUAAAUAUUUGCAGUGGUUCCUGCAAGCUUUUCCAGCCCUAAGGAGAAGUCCAGACAUGGUACUGGAUUGAAGAGGCUGAAGUUUGUCAACCACUCCCAUGCUGUUUUCCUGGAUCAGUCUGGUGGAAUCAUUUCUGUUCAGAGAAUUUCCCCUGAGAUUCUCCCAUGGGCUCAUGAUGAAAGUAAUCAUCAAGUCAGAAUUGUUUUAGUUGAUAAUGUUUCCUCCCUUGAGGUAGUUUGGUAUUUAACUAACAUGUAAUCUGCUCAAUCAUUUGGAAGUGAACUUGAGAAAGAUGCCUGGGACUGGACCUUGGUCAGAGAUUAAGCUGGAGCUACUGAGACCCCAGGCAGGAUCCAAGAACACCCUGUGGC